AUGAAUGUUGGCUUUAAUGCUUCAAAGAAAUGCCUUAAUUUACUAAGAAAUCAGUUUAAACUGAAAGACUUCGCCAGUACUGUGAGAACUUCUACAAUCGAUGUGAAAGACACUAAAGUAAGUGCUCUAACUUAUAUAUUAUUGUAUUUAGGUCGCCUUUAAUACAACCAAGUUGACAGAGAAACAAAUAACGACGUUAGAGAGGAUCUCUGGACUCAAAUUUACUAAUCAAAAAGAGGUUUGGAGUCUAGAACAAGAUAUUACACUUGCCAAUCAAGUGUUCAAAGUCGAUACUACGGUAAAACAGUUACCUUAUUUUAUCAUUAAGCUACUUUUCAAUUUAUAAAUACUGUAUCUAUACCUAUCUAUAUUUUCUACAGCGUUAAAUUACAGAAUGUAGAGCCACUGUUCAGUAUAACAGAAGAAUCAAUAAACUGCCCAUUAAGAGAAGAUAUUCCUGUUACAACUGACUCAAAAAAGGUAAAACUACAAUGACAUAUAUACAAUCUGUUUAGAUUUUCAUGAACACGAAAAAUUCGAUGGAAGGUUUCUUCGUAUCUUCAGCAGUUCAGCGAAAACAAGAAGAAUAA